CCUCAACACGCUCAAUCACAGGAACAGCCGAUGACCGACAACCCGUCUCGAGAUCCCAUUUCCGGCUCGGACUAUCUGUCGGCAUACCUGACAUCAACCAGCCAUGGGCGUGAAAGAGUUCAUCAAGAAGCGGCCUCUUUGCCAGAACGACAAUGUGAGGACAAAUGCUGCCGAGCUCACCCUCAGGGGCUCCAUCUUUCCCUUGAUGUUGGUCACUUUGCUCUUCUUCCUCUGGGGGUUUUCCUAUGGCCUACUUGAUACUCUUAACAAGCACUUCCAGAAUGUCUUGGACAUUACGCGAGCUCGAUCUGCGGGUCUUCAGGCCGCCUACUUUGGUGCCUACCCCCUCGCUUCCAUAGGCCACGCAGCAUGGAUUCUCCGCCACUGGGGCUACAAGACUACCUUUAUCUGGGGCCUCAUGCUCUACGGCCUGGGCGCCAUCCUGGCCAUCCCCGCCAUCAAGGCCGGCUCCUUCGGCGGCUUCUGCGCCGCCAUCUUCGUCAUCGGCAACGGCCUGGGCUCCCUCGAGACUGCCGCGAACCCCUACAUCGCCGUCUGCGGCCCGCCCAAGUACUCCGAGGUCCGCAUCAACGUCGCCCAGGCCUUCAACGGGGUCGGCACCGUCAUCGCCCCCGUCAUGGGCUCCUACGUCUUCUUCAACUUUUCCGACCAGCGAGCCUUGGAGAACGUCCAGUGGGUCUACGUCGCUAUCGCUGUGUUCGUUUGGGGCCUCGCCGGGGUGUUCUGGAUUGCUGCUAUUCCCGAGAUCACCGAUGCGGACAUGGCUUUCCAGGCCCAGGAGGCCAAUGCGGCUUUUGACCAUAAGCCGUUCGUCAAGCAGUAUCAUCUCUUUCACGCUGCUUGGGCACAGUUCUGCUACACCGGUGCUCAGGUUGCCAUCGCUAGCUUCUUCAUCAACUACGUUUCCGAAACGAUCCCGAACACGGGUGACGACGUGGGAUCGCAACUCUUCGCCGGUGCCCAGGCCGCGUUUGCCGUUGGCCGCUUCAUCGGCUCCGCCUUGAUGCACUACUGGGUCAAGCCGCGCAUCGUCUUGCUCGUCUUCUUGGCCGGCUGUAUCGUCUUCAUCGCCCCCGCCAUCCGCCACACCGGUGUCCCUGGCGUCGUCAUGCUCUACUUUGUCCUUUUCUUUGAGUCGGUCUGCUUCCCCACUAUCGUCGCUCUGGGCAUGCGCGGUCUUGGCCGGCAUAGCAAGCGCGGGAGCGGCUAUAUUGUCGCCGGCGUCGUUGGUGGCGCCGCUGUCCCACCCCUCCUCGGUGCAGUCGCCGAUCGGCACGGCGACAUGGGCGUUGCCAUGGUUGUGCCGUUAGCCUUCUUCGUUGCGGCCUGGACCUACCCUCUCGCCGUUAACUUUUACUCCCGCUACCGAUCUGUCGCCGAUGCUUUUAGAGCCGCCAAGGUCGGUAUGCGCGAUGGUAAUGUCGAGUCGGGGAAGGGUGCCGGACCCGGACCCGAAUCCGACAAAGGUAUUGCGGUGGAGAAUCGCGAGACGAGGACGGGAAGGAGCGAGUCGUCUGCGACUCACUAGACACGGGGUUGUCGCAUCUUGUUGUGUAGGGGGUGUUAGAACUGUGCUGGUUGGUGCAAAUACCCACCACUAUUGGAUCUUGGAUAAGCGAGGGCGUUACUUGAUGAUAUCUUGCAAUUUGGUUUCAAUGUGCAUGCAUGAUUCCCUACGUUAGCUUUAGACUCAUAAAUAAGAAGUCCAAUAAUACCAUAAUACAAUACUGACAUA